ACCUCUCAACGUCAGUGACCAGAGCUUUAGACAGUGGUUCUUCAAGGCUCUCGUGCUUCAACCAUGUGAGUGUCCUUUUUUUUCUUCUGCAUGUGCUUCUUCUCUUAUUGGCCUUUCCAUGCGUGUAUUGUGACGUCAUAUCCAGAGGCUUCCUUCCUUUUAUCCUGCCAUCCUUCCCUUGGCCUUGAUCAGGAUCCCCAUCAACUGUUGAGUGCACGCACAUUGUUGUGGAACAACGUCUGAAACGUUCCACCAUGACUCAUCACGAGGCCUUGAGUCCCAAAGGACCGACCCAUGGCCAUCCCCCCGUGUCCCGAGACAAUUGGCGGGAUCAGUUGGCUCAGGAUCGUCAAGGACAUCGGGAUUCGGUGCUGGAGCACCGUCGACAAUUUACCCGCCAAGACCAAGCCCAAGUCUGUUCCAUUGGCAAGGUCUUGACACGCCUGAAUAGCCAUCAUUUUCAGAAUCGGGAGGAUCUGAUCGCCUUAAAAAGGACUUUGUCGGAAGGUCAGGAUUCGCCGGAUGAGUUUUUCACCGACUUUGGGGCGGUCCACUCGUUGGUGGGCGUGUUGAAUGCCAGUAAUGCCGGAUUGGAGGUGCUAGCCUUGCAUUGCAUUGCCAAUUUAGCUCCAUUGUCCGAGAAAAAUGGACUGACCUUGGCCCGAUCCGCUGGACCAUAUCUAAUCACCCUGUUGGCCAGUUCCUCACAUCAACUCCAGGAAGGGGCGGGAGUGGCCUUGGGCAAUCUGGCCUUAUCUGGACCCAAAGUGGUCAAGGUAUUGAACAAUCAAGAAGUGAUCGAGAGUCUACUACCGGUCUUAGAAUCUCGUUUGGAGAACGUGCAAGGAGCCGGUUUCUACGCCUUGUAUCACGUGCUCCAUGCCGGAUUAAUUCCGUCAUCCAGUCAGCAUGGCCGCAUGAUUGAAGCCUGUAAGCGAAGCAUGGGCUUGAAGGCCCCCGUGGAGGUGUUUUGGGUGCUCUUUGUGCUCUCCUGUGAUAGCAACUUGCACAUUGAACUAGCACAUAAUACCGUGAUCAGUCGAGCCUUGGAUGUGUGCACGUAUGAGAUCUUCCAAAAGUCGGACUCGCGGCCUUUAGUUAAGAUUGUGACGCCAAUUGUGAGGAUUUUGGCCAAUUUGUGCGCCGGACCCCGUUCUGAAAACGCCUGUCUGGCCGUACUGCGUCAUUCGGACUUGCCAGCCAUUCUAAUGGCCUUGCUAGGCACGAAUUUCACGCAUCUGUGCAAGGAGACCUUGUGGUGGUUUGGCAACUUGGUCAAUAGCGAUUCGGUCGAGGUUCAAGAGGAACUUAUUGACUUGGAGAUCAUGGAUCGAAUGGAAUAUCACACCGUUCAAGCCAUUCGACGUCUCGACCCUUUCCAAACCCAUGUGAUAGCUUAAACAAAACGUUAUGUUAAUAAACGAAACAUAGCCAGUAUUUUUCGGAGUUGUUUCAAUUUGAACACCCAUCUUUUCGUGGAUUUCUAACUUUUAAAUUUGUUAACUCAUGGAACUAUACACUUUCUUACA